AUGCCCAUUCUCGUGCAUCCAAAUCCUGCGCACUGUCGCGCCUUUCUAUCCCGGCCAAACACGCACGUUGUAAAGUUCCCCACCGGCAACACCUUCUACUUCUCGCUACCACUCGAUGUGUCGCUACUACAUGAACUACGUCUUUUUGAGCUGUUCGCUCUACGGGACUUCCUAUCCUCCAUCACGGACAAUGUGCAGCGCCGCAUGGGUCAGUGGGGUGUAGAAAACAUCACGCAUGUCCAGCGAACAAUUUCAAAGUGGCUGUUGCAUCUCAAACACCUCCUGCAUGUUGAAAGACUGGCUUGGGCCGCCGGACAUGGCGUCCCUGUAUUCGACGAGCAAGAUAAUCUAAUCUCGUUUUCUUGGGCCUGGGACAAGAUUCACUUCGAAAAAGGAUCCAGCGCAGUCGCAGAAUACGCGAGGCUGCUUCUCGAACAGAUCCAUCGCUCCUCGCGCGGGACUGCGUCUGCACGUCAGCCAGAGCACUUCAAAAGAGCGGAAGUUCAGCUCAAGACUUGGAAGGCAGAGCGUACACAUGCCUUUGAGUGGACUUACGACGACGUCGUCAUAUGCUUUGGUAUUUUCGGGGCGUGGUUCAAAGACAAGGCGGAAUGGCUGCGUACAAGACGAGAUUUUGAUCCUUACGAGCUGGUCGUGGAACCCGUGACUGGCCAGGCCGAGGUCGAACUUUAG